AUGAGCGUGAGAUUAUUGGGCAAAUUCGAUGUUAUCACGGGGAAUGUUGUCUGCGGCUUCGAUGCCAAGGCAUGGAGGCGGAGGGAGGAACGAGAGUUCGGCGUGGAGGUCUUCGAAGACAUAAGGAAUAACGUGGAUA